GCAUGCGCGUCGCACUGCUCCCAGAGCCUUCUAUCCAGGAUUGCCAGUGUUCUAUCACACUGUAAGGAAUGGGCGAUCAGAAUUUAUGAAAUUGGCGACCAGACGUUAACAGCAUGGGAGCAGGGCUAUGCGAGGACCCCUAAAAAAAUCUUUAUAAUCCCUCUGCAUUCCUAUUGAAAUUGGAGGUUUUCCUCAUUAUAGCGUACUUGGAAACUUGAGUCAUUUAAUGCAGAAGUCAUGUCUCACACGUACUACAACAAGAUGUGGGUGGAAGCCCAGCAGAACCUUGACCAACUUCUCCGGCAGGAGGUUCCAGCAGUUCCCCCCAAGCCAGAGAGAGAUCGCAUGGCAGCAGCCCAGCAGCUUGGCACCUUAUACAUUCGAUAUGUGCAGAUUUUCCGCAACCUUGAAUUGGCAUAUGAUCAGAUUGCACAUCCCCAAAAGAGACGAGUGAUCAAAGUUGUACUGGAUGGUGUGAUGGGACGGAUAUUAGAAGUGAAGAAUGAGCUGGUGGAUCUGGAAAUCUCAGAGUUCCAGUACUUUGAUGACAUUCUUCAGGAUAUGAAAAUAGGACCAGAAGGCCUUGAAAUCCCCAUCCCAAGAUACUUCAUUAAAGAAAAAAUGAAAGUGUUAAAAGAUCGCGAGCAGAUCCUCUCUCAGAUCCUGGAACGUAUCGGAGCUAAGGAUAUGGAUGCGGCCAAAGCUGUGAAGCCAAUGUCCUUGGAUGAGGCGGUACGUGUGAUCCAGGUUUCCGAGAGGGCGCGUCAGGGCCGACUGAGAGCCAAGUUCAUGAAAGAGAUAAACUUAGAGGAGAGGAGGGAGAGAUUUGCCAAACUGCAAGGCGAGAUAACACUGGACCCAGAGAUUGCUGCACAGCGCAUUCAGAAGGUCUGGCGCGGCUUUAUCCAAAGAAAGAAAACCAAGCAGUUAAGAGAAGAGGAAAUGGUUUUCCUGGGCAUGGUACCACAUUCUCACUUCUACAAGGUGACCAUAGCUGAAGAAAUGGCUAAAAAGACAGAAGUCUUACGUUCUGAGCUCCAAGAGCAGCAUGAAGUGGAGUAUCAGCAUGCUCUGGUACAGAUAAAAGAAACCAUACGGGAAAAAGAGGGUCCAAACAUGAAGGCAACACUGCAGGACCAGAUCCGACAGUGGUUCAUUGAAUGCAGGCAUGUAACAGGAAAGUUCCCUGAUUUCCCAAGUGAAGAAGAUGGAGGAUCCCGCGCUAUUUUUGCUCAGAAGACACCAGAGCAGGUUGCUGCAGAAAUUGCUGCCAAAGAAGAAGCGAAGCCCAAGAAAAAAAAGGAUAAAGGAAAAAAAGACAAAGAAAAGAAGAAAACAAAAAAAGAUAAAUCUAAAGGGAAGAAAGGAAAAGGAAAGGGAGCAGAAGAGGAAGAAGAAGAGGGAUGGAAAAUGAAACCCAGCAACUUCAUCCCUGACAUAGCCUCUGCAAACCAGACAUAUGCAAGUGUGUGGCAGCAACGCGAUGAAUCAUGGAAUCUUUACCAGACGCAUGAUCCUCAACUUAUCAAGGAGAGCAAAACAAAGGAAGUGGAGGAAGAAGUCAGGAUACAGAUCGAUGAACUGAUGAGACAAGAACUGCAGAACCUCAAACUUGCGGUGGACAAGGAGAAAAGUAAAAAAAAGAAAGGAGGCAAAGGAGGGAAGAAAAAAAAGAAAGGCAAAAAAAGUGGGAAGAGGAAGAAGAAAGAAAAAGAUCUCACCCCAGACAGGACCAUUGAUUCCCUCUAUGAGGAACUUGUGAAAGAAGGUCUUCUUAUUAAACCAAAACCUACAAAGUUGUCCGAUUUUAUUGGUGAAUACAGCUACCUAGGAACUACCUUGCGACAGGCGGAUAUUGAACCAAUGCCAUCUCUAAGUGAUGUCAAGCAACUACUAGUACUAUACGGAAUCCUUCCUCUAGGGUGUGAAACAGUGCAUGAGAGGGCCCCUCCACUGAAGACACUUCUCCUGGCAGGACCAUCUGGUGUGGGCAAGAAGAUGCUUGUACAUGCUGUCUGCAAUGAGACUGGAGCCAACUUAUUUAACUUAUCACCUGCUAACAUUGCGGGCAAAUACCCAGGCAAGAGUGGCUUGCAGAUGAUGCUGCACAUGGUGCUCAAGGUGGCACGUCAGCUACAACCAUCAGUUAUAUGGAUUGAUGAUGCGGAAAAAUCCUUUUAUAAGAAGAUUCCAAAGACAGAAAAGCAGUUGGAUCCUAAGAGACUAAAAAAAGAUCUUCCAAAAAUCCUAAAGUCUUUAAAGUCAGAAGAUCGGAUCCUCAUCGUGGGGACCAGUCACAGACCAUUUGAUGCUGAGAUCAAACCUUUCUGCAAAAUAUACAAAAAGAUUGUUCUUAUCCCAAGGCCAGACUAUGCAGCACGGCUAGUUAUGUGGAAGCAGAUGAUCUCCCAGCGAGUUGGCAGUGUCACGACCUCUUUGAAUUACAGUGCCCUUGCUAAGAUCACAGAUGGAUUUACCCCUGAUCACUUGGUGCAGGCAGUGGAGUCUGUGCUGAAUGAUAGAAGGAUCGAGCAGGUUUCCAAGAAACCUCUUGUUGCCUCUGAGUUCCUUGGCUUAUUGUCCAGACAGGAUCCCGUGUACAAGGAGGAAGAGGAAGCAUUCAAGGCUUGGUAUGCCAAAACACCACUUGGUAAGAAACGAAUAAAAGCAAUGGCAGGUGGAGAGGAAGACACUGGGAAGAAGAAAGGGAAGAAGAAAGGAGACAAAAAGGGGGGAAAGAAGAAGAAGAAGUAGGACAUUCCAGAUCGGGCACUUUGGAUUAGACUGUGCAAAGUGUCAUCUUGGGAUUUGCUGACCACCACUGGAGGAAUUAAACCAAGCAUUAAUUUAUACGUAUACCUGGUAUCUUUCUUGUUGUAACAACUUAACUUUGUACAGUUCAUAUAGGGUAUAAUCUCUGAAAUGUGGUUUUAGCUGAAAAGAUGCUCUGCUGAUUUUUGGUUCAUCUAAGGGUUAAGGCUCCAAUUUUAUAUAAUCUUCCCUGCACCAACGGAUAUUUUUUGUAUAGGGGUUGAAUAUACCAUGUAUGUGUGAAAAUCAGUACAGAUUAAAUAUUGUUAAAUAAG